AUGCCAUAAUUAAUGAUAAUUAAAGCAUUGGUUUAAUUGCUUAAAGGUGUGAUCUUGAGAGUUAUCUUACUGGAGAAAUAUAAAAUCGGAAUAUAACCAUAAUAGCUAUAAAAUUCUAACCAAAUUCUCGGAGCAGAAAGAUCUAAACCAGAUUAAGCAGCCGUAGUUGUGAAAAAAAGAAUAAUUAAAGAAGAAGAAAAAAAGGUUUAGAUGAAUAAAUUUGAUAAUCCUAAGACUUAAAUUAGCUUUAAUUAGAUUUAUAUGGGAAGCAGAGAUGGAUUUAAAGCAAAAGAUUUUCACUCUAGAUGUGAUAAUAAAGGGCCUACUGUUUGCUUCAUUUUGAGUGAUUCUGGAAAUGUAUUUGGAGGAUUCGUCACAAAAAGUUGGAAAAGCUAAUAUUCUUGGGAGGGUGACAUCAAUGCUUUUAUUUUUUCCUUAACUCAUCGGACAAUUCAUCCUUAUUAUAACUAAAACAAUACAGCAAUAAAGAAUGAUCCUAACUAGAGCUGGAAUCAGGGGUAUGGUGACAUUUCGAUUAAAGAUAGAUGCAAUGAAGUUAAUAGCAACACCUCAUGGUUGGGAUGGAGUUAUGCACUCCCUCACGGAUUUAGUUUUACUGAAACUUAAUCCAAAACUUACUUAGGUGGCAUGAUUAACUUCAAAGUUUUGGAUAUAGAAGUUUUUUAGGUUUUGAAAAAAAUAUCUUGA